AUGGAACCAAAGCAACAAAGGAAAAAGCUAGAGAAAUAUCGUAGGAAAAUUGACUUUCCACUAGCUAUUUCAAAUGUGUCAAACAAAAUUUGGGCAUUCUUUAGUGAAAGAUUUGAAGUAACAGUGGUCAUGGACAUGGUACAACAGCUGACUUUAAAGGUGUUUGAUAUUGAAGAUCAGCAAGAAUUCUACCUUACCAUGGUGUAUGCUAAAUGUGACGCUAUUGAAAGGACUGAACUUUGGGAUUCUUUGUAUGCUUUAGGAAGUGACAUGAAUCUUCCAUGGAUCGUAGGGGGAGAUUUUAAUGUGAUAUGGGAUAAAGAAGAGAAGUUCGGGGGAUUGCCAGUCCACAUCAACGAGGUCGAUGACUUUCGACACUGUAUUGACACUAGCAAUCUUUUUUAUCUUGGUUUCAAAGGGAGUAUUUAUACAUGGUGGAACGGAAGGGCUGAAGAAAACUGUAUCUUUAAGCGAUUGGAUAGGUGUUUGGCUAAUCUCGAAUUCCAGAAUUUAUGGCCUGGAAUAGAGGUGGAGCAUUUGACAAAAAUUGGGUCAGACCAUAGCCCUUUGCUAAUUAAACUAAGUCCAGAAGUGGCACCAAUUAAGAAAUCCUUUAGAUUCUUAAAUUUCUGGUUAAAACAUGAGUCCUUUCACGAAGUUGUUAGACAGAACUGGCAGGCAGAUUGUUUCGCUAAUCCAUUCACCAUGUUCAACCAUAAACUGAAGAAACUGAAGAAAGUUCUCUCAAUAUGGAGUAAGGCUACCUAUGGUGAUAUUUUUCAAAAGCUUUCGAGCUUAGAAGAGGUCGUGAAAGUUCAUGAGGCUCAGUUUGUCCUAAGGCCGACAUUACAGAAUAGAGAGAGGCUGCAAAGAGUGCAGGCUGACCUUUUUAAGGUCAUGGCAUUGGAGGAGGAAUAUUGGAAGCAGAAAUCAGGCAUGGCAUGGUUUCAAAAUGGAGACAGAAACACGAAGUUUAUCCAUGCUCAAGUUCGAGGAAGAAGAAAAUGUUUGCAACUGAAGAGGAUCCAAGCUAGUAAUGGUAUGUGGCUCGAAGAACAGGAAACAAUAGCUGAAGAGGCAGUGAGGGUUUUUACAGCUCAGUUUCAUGAGGAUGCUAUGACCAACAAUUUUGAUAUCAUCGAUCACAUCCCUCAGUUAAUAACUCCAGAGCAGAACCUUGAUUUAAUAAGACAACCAACAUGUGAAGAAGUAAAACAAGCUGUUUUGGAUUGA